GGCCACCUUAUCCGAGUGCAUCCACACUGACCGUCUACAGGGAACAUCAGCAGUCCGAUCAUGCUGAAAUUCUGCGUCCUCCUGUUCGCCGCCCUCUCGGCCGUCCAGGCCUUCGACAGAUGUCCGUAUUUCUCUGCCAAAACACCAUUCGAUCCUUCGAAGUUCGCCGGUCAGUGGCAGAUGGUGGGCUACAACGAACGCGCCGAUCACCCAGAGGUCACGCGCUGUCUUAAGGUCGACAUUGUGACUGCUGAGACCGAGGGCAAAACGUCCGUCACCUACAACUACGACUACAUUGAGAACGACAAGCCCAAGAAGGCCCAAAUCCUGUCACAGACCUUCAAGCCUGGUUUCCCUGGACUCUUCUACGGAGUGUGGAAGAGCGAGGAUCUCACCAAGUGGUCUGAACCUUACGUGACCAGCAUUCUUGCCACCGACUACGAGCACUACGCUUUGAUCGCCGCCUGUGCCCCUACCUAUGAUGCCGAGAACAAGACUUUCGGCAGGUCGUUGUACACUCAGAUCCUCAGCAGAACAGGCACCCUGAGUGACGACACCUACAACACCCUGAAGAACGUGCUCAGCAGCUAUGACGUCAACAUUGACUCCAUCAAACUCAUGGAGCAGACCAACUGCUAAAGUUUGGCUCCAACGUCUUGCCAAAAGCUACGAAAAGUGCAUUUUCUCCAGCAACUGCCGAUAAAAAAAAAAGAAAUGAAAAAUAAAUAAGAAUCGUUAAGAAAU